AUGACGUCCUCGCCAUAUUUCGAGAGAUAUCGCCAGCUGAAGGCAGUAGAUCAGCAAAAGAACCAACUGAUUGAGGAUCUCCUUCAAAGAGUCAGUGACUUGGAAACGUCAUUCGCACAAGAAAAGCUGGAUCAUGAACGUGAAACACGAUUCAACCGGGAUAUUCAAGUACACGAAAUGGAGUUGAUGCAACAGAUAGCACAGAUCAAGAUUAUUAUGGACCGCGAACCUUUUGUUGUUGUGCUGCUUGACGGCGAGGGUAUGAUAUUCAAGGAUGAGUUCCUACAGGCCGGUGACAAGGGUGGCCGCUGUGCUGCAGACCAACUCUACGGGGCGAUCCAUUCAUACCUGAAAGCAAACCUUCCUAAUGUCAGUACACCGAAGAUCAUGAUGAAGAUCUACCUGGACGCAAAAGGCUUUGGGGAGUUGUGCGCGCGCAAUAGGGUCUUUGCAGAUCCUGCUGCUAUCUAUGACUUCAUUCGGGGAUUCAACGAGACAAUGUCUUGUUCCGAAAUUGUUGAUGUUGGGUCUGGAAAGAACAGCGCAUACAAUAAGAUUCAAGAAUCUUUUCAAGUCUUCCUUUAUAAUUGCCACUGCCACCAGAUAUUCGUCGGUUGUCCUUCAAAUACAGAAUAUGCACUCUUCCUUGAGGAUAUUUCGAGGGACAAUGAUCUCACUGGUCGUGUCUCACUUAUCGAAGGUGUCGCAUUUGAGAAGGAUCUAGACGAAGUGAAAGCAUCAUAUCGCAUCGCUCGAUUUCCGGACCUAUUUCGGUCUGAAAAGAUGGUGCCUGCCUGUGCUCCCACUCCUUGGAAACCAUCUCUCCCAACUCGGUCCAUACUCACCCCGUCUCCGUCGGCACAAUUCUCGAGCAUGGUCAAUGCCCCCGUGCUCUCUCGAACUUCCACUAAUACCAGCACGUCAGGAGUUCCACUAUCGGCCUCCACUCCAGUCCAGCAAGACAGUGCCUUUGAGUUUCAAAAGGUGGUACGAUCAAAACCGAGUAGCUCGGCUCCUCCUCCCAAGACAGUGGAGCGCAACAAAUAUGGGCAACGUGUGGAUAAACUCGAUUUCAAGAGCAUUCCUCGGGAUGACCUUAACCGCCUCAAGAAGCUCAAGUUGUGCAAUUAUUAUUUCCUGCUUGGUGAAUGUCCUAAUGACGACUAUUGUUAUCAUGACCAUGAUCGCAAAUUAACAAAGGAAGAGCUUCACAUCCUAACUGCAAUCGCUCGGAUGACUCCUUGCCGAUUUGGUCUGGAAUGUGAUGAUGCGGAGUGUAUCUAUGGCCAUCGAUGCCCUCAAAGCGAGCCCGGGAAGAAGACAUGUUUCCGUGGGGAUAGCUGCCGAUUCGAGCCCAUCGCCCAUGGAAUCGAUACCAACGUCGUCAAAGUGACCAAAAUCUGA